AAAUUUGGCCCAUCUCUAUGCGGUCGUGCCAUCUCCAAUUCGCACGCGGCAGUGUGGCCGAAGCAGCGCGCAAUUUCAAUCCUGCACGGGCAGCUAGUAUCGUAUAUCUUUCGUGCAUUUCUUUAAUUUACCUGCAGUUCCGUUCCGAAUAACAAAACUAGAUCAAUCAGUUCGAUUGAAUUUUGACUACUCGCUGUCACAGCAGAACGCAGCGCAGGCGGAAACCUCUGGUGUUCGACAUUUAUAAUAUUUGCCGUACCGUGCGACUUUCACUUUUUACAAUUCGCACAAGAAUAACAACAACAACGACGGCAGCAGCACUAGCAAUAGCAGAAACAAAAGCAGCAACAACAGGGACAGCCAGCAGCAACAAAAGCAAAAAAAGAAGAGACGAAGGCGAAGACGAAGAGCGAUGAGUGUGGAAAAUACCAGAGCGGACAACAUCAGGCCACAGAGUGCAGCGAGAAUUGUUUAAGAAUCAGUGGAUUGCACGGCAAAUGCAAAGCGAAAAAACAAUAACAAACCAGCACAACAGGGCCGCCUGUGCGUGUGUGCGUGAGCGGUAGAGGGUGUGUGUGCGUGUGCCUGUCGUGUGUGCUCCAGCGAGAGUGCGAGUGUGUGCGUGAGUACAUUGAGUACAUUUCGGUGCCCCCAAAACUUUGUGUGUGUACGUGGUUUGGAUUGGAUUCGCUGCCAAAUUGGGUCAGCUCGCAGAAAUCCACCAUGGAGAGCAGGACCCAAGUGAAUCAGUCAAACCAGCAACAGCAGCAGCAACAGCAGAGGAAUCGCCUGCCCUCCUCACCAAGUCCACCGCUGAGUGUCAGUCUCACUGGCGGUCCAAAUGCCAACACAACCUUGAUGGGCCUUGAGCAGGAUGCAGUGCCCUCGUCGCAGCUGGGCAGGAACAACAAUAACGGAGGAGGCCACCAUCGCAGUCACAGCAUCACCAAUGCGGCGACCACAUCAUUUGCAAAUCUCCUGGACGGAUUUACGGCGCGCGUCUCCACAGCGGUGAGCGUGGCAGGUGGUACUAAUAUGCUAAUGGACCGGAGCAGCCAGAGCGCCGCCAGCACACCAGGAUCAACCCAUUCGAUAGCCAGCCUCACCAGCAUGGGCUCACUGGGCACCACGGCCAAUGCCCUCUACUCCUCCAUCGGCAGUGCCCUCAACUCCAUCACCUCACCCAUUCAGGCAGCUGCGGCGGCGGCCACGGCCACAACUACCGAGGUGGUGGUGGCGGCCGCCUCUGUGAUCACCAACCACCUCAGCUCACCCACCAGCGGCACUCCGCCCCACGGUCUGGAUGCGGAUGAGGGCGACGACGAGUGCGACGACUGCGAGGAGGACGAAGACGAUCCGGUGGAUAAUGACGGGCACAUUGCCGCCCCCACGCCCAACAAAAGCUGGGCCGAGAACAAGCAAGUGGUGCAAGAGAUACGCAAGAAGAUGUGCAACCUGUCCUCCAUGGUGCCCACCAAUGUGCAGUUCCGACACUUGUCAGAUGGACGUGCCAGGUGCUACUUCCUCGGCACUCCACCACAAAGCUGGGAGACUACGCUGCUCUUUGCCGACAUAAACCUAACGCAGUCGGAAGGGCAGCAGUUAUUAGUUCAGCGACUGGAGGGGAUUGCUUCCGAUGAGUGGAGUCCCACUUUGAAUGCAGGAUCCCCCACGAGCAGCGGCCAGCAACCGGCCUUUCUUUUCAAUUCCCUGCCCAGGCCUAGACUCCCAUGGAGUCCAUUACUGCAGCAGCCAAUUCAAAGUAGUGGAGGCGGCGGAGGCAGUGGAUCGGCCAGUCCCUAUGCCCGGGAGUUUCAACUACUACAGGAGCGGAAACGCCUCUCAGCCUGGGGCAUUACCUCCUACGAGUUGCACAAGCCCUCGGGCAAACUGGUUUUUCCCUGCUUCAACGACCUAUACCAAUGUCUGGACACAGGAUACAAUUCUGGACUGUUAUUUCCCACACAGCUACGCACCUGCCCGCAAUGGACGGCUGUGGAUCCGCAGAUUUGUCCGCAGAACUCCGACAUGAUAGCCUACAUCUGUGGCUGCGACCUGUUCGUCACUCACACGCUGAGCGGGCACGAAAAGCGUCUCACUUACACGUCCACCGGGCGGCAUUCGUAUGUGGACGAUGCAUUGAGUGCCGGUGUGCCCUCCUACGUGAUGCAGGAGGAGUUUAGCCGCUACCAAGGCUUUUGGUGGCAGCCACAUUCCAAUGACGGUAUUUACCGCAUUGUCUACGAGGAGGUGGAUGAGUCUGAGGUCUCCGUGUACACGUUUCCAUCAUCGACGGCCGUGCACGGCAGGGUAGACGAGUACCGCUUUCCCCGCACCGGUAGCCCGAACGCCAAGUCUAAGCUCAAGCUGGUUCAGUUCGUACUGAACGAGGCACUGCAGGUCAGCGAAAUUGCCAUCAAGGAUUUGCCCUACUCCCUGUUGGCUGUUUUCAGCUGGUUAGAAUACAUUGUGCGUGUCGGCUGGACACCGGAUGCUAAAUACGUAUGGGUGCAGGGAUUGGAUCGGAAGCAGCAGCGGCUGGAUGUAAUCCUUAUUCCACUGGAUAAUUUCUGCGAGUCCUACAGCAGUCAAGUUUCAACGCCGACCGACUCAAUAGGCGACCACAGCUGGCGCAGUCUGUACAGUCGCACAAUCACACAACUGCAGGUUAUAUACACGGAACGCUCGGACAGCUGGAUUAAUGUACAUGAUAUGCUUCACUUCCUGGAUCUGACGGAUACAAGCGUCACCUUCCUGUGGGCAUCUGAAGAGACUGGUUUCCGCCACCUUUAUUUGGUGACCGCCAGCCUGCUGUUGAGCCAAGCCAACGGACAGCCAGAUCCUGGAUCCGCCGGUGCGCAGCCGAGUUUCGUGGAACAAUCGGCACUGCAACCGCGCAUCCUCAACAAGGUGGCCUUGACCAGCGGUGAGUGGGAGGUGCUGGCCAGGAACCUCUGGGUGGACAAAGCCAACAAGUUGGUGUACUUUGUGGGACUUCGAGAUACGCCGCUGGAAAAACACCUCUACGUUGUAAGCCUGGAGCGACCCGAACACAUUCGCCUGCUCACGGAGCCAGGUUACUCCUACCUCGUGGAAUUCGAUGAUCAAUGCCAGUUGAUGCUGCUCGUUUACUGCAACAUCCAGCGACUGCCCAGUUGCAAGGUGAUGCGCGUUAACCAGACAUGCUCGAACGGUGGAGUCAACGGCAUUCAGAUUUCACUUGUUGGCUAUCUCCACGAAGGCGGAAAGCCGGAGCCGCAGUACUGUCCGCAAAUUUUUUCUCCGCAGCUACCGUCGGGAGAUAUCGUGUAUGCCAUGGUUUUUAAGCCGCACAAUUUUGAGUUGGGUGUCAAGUAUCCCACGGUGCUCAAUGUUUACGGAGGACCCGAGGUGCAGACAGUGAACAACACAUUUAAGGGCAAACAUCAAUUGCGGAUGCAUAUGCUGGCCGCCCAGGGAUAUUGCGUCAUCUGCAUCGACUCUCGAGGUUCGCGGCAUCGAGGCAAGCGAUUCGAAAGUCACAUUCGUGGUCGGAUGGGUCAGGUGGAGCUGACGGAUCAGGUGGACGCGCUGCGCAGCUUGUCCGACCAGCUGGGCUACAUUGACAUGGAUCGCGUGGCCAUUCACGGGUGGUCAUACGGUGGCUAUCUAAGCCUGAUGGGCCUCGUUCAGUAUCCGAAAAUCUUCAAAGUGGCCAUUGCCGGAGCGCCGGUCACCAACUGGGAGUAUUACGACACGGGCUACACGGAGCGUUACAUGGAUAUGCCACAAAAUAACGAGGCCGGUUACUCUGCCGGUUCGGUGCUGGAAUACGUAAACUCUUUUCCCGAAGAGGACAAGCGCCUGUUGCUCAUUCACGGCCUGAUCGACGAGAACGUGCACUUCUGCCAUACCUCGCGGCUGAUCAGUGCUUUGAACAAGGCCAACAAGCCGUACGAGGUGCAUCUGUUCCCCGAGGAGCGGCAUUCGUUGCGUAACCUGGAAUCGAAUAAAAACUACGAAACAAAAUUACUGUCAUUCUUGCAAAACUUAUGAGAUUCGUAAAUGCCGACGGCCCAAACAAGAUCGCCUGCUCAGGCAUCACAACUAGCCCCGCCCCACGCCCUCGCCCCUUCGCAAUAGUUUUUUACAUCAUUGUCUUUGUUUUUAUUUAACUUUUUGUUGUUCGAACGAUUGUUUUUAUUAGAUAAAGAAAAUGAGAGCAAACGAAAUUUGUAUCAUAUUUUUAGCAUACUUAAGUUAUAAACGUACGCAGUUGUAAGUAUAAUGAAAAGUUGAAUGAAUGAAAGUUUACCCAACCACCUGCCUCUUCCCACAUUAGACUCCAGAUCAAGACCAAGCAGCUUACUGUAAUUAAUUUAUACUUAGUGUUCUACCCCACACGUCAUACUCUUAAUUAUGUUGUAAUUGUGUUCUAUAUCCGCAAAUGUAAAUUUAUCCUAUCAAUAAUUAUAAGUUGUGUUUUAGUGCGUAUGUACGAUGUGUGACUGUCUGCGUAAGUGUUUCCCACAAAAGCGGAAGAAAAAAAACCUUAAACUUGUCAUGCCUUUGGGGCAGGCCAUCAAUUAAUGUUAGUUCUACGCAUGCAUAUAAAGAUAUAUCUAUUCAAUAAACCUGUAGCAAGUCGUAUGCAUACUUGAUUGAGUUUUUAGAAAAACCACGUUUGGCUAAAUCAACAAAAACUGAAUUAAAUUUAAUAUUAAUUAUGCCUAUAUAUAAUCAUUAGUUUAACAACUUAUACAUGCAAACGUAUAUAUACAUAUAUUUUGUUUAACAU